GAGGAAGCCCGUCUCCUUAAGUAUUACCACCGUAUCGUAUUAUUUAUAAUUAGAUAAGAGAAGAAAAAACCAAAAGUGAAUUCGACAUAUAAUAAGUGCGAACAUGCUAUCGCGAUUGUCCUCGAAAAUUCGCAACUGCGUUAGGAGCUACGCAUGCAAAUCACAUGACGACUUCGUGAAAAUAGUCGAGGUUGGACCACGAGACGGGCUGCAGAACGAGAAGCAAGUGGUGCCCACCGAAGUCAAAGUCGACUUCAUCGAUCGUCUAUCAGCGAGCGGGUUGAGGAGCAUCGAGGUCACGAGUUUCGUGUCCCCGAAAUGGAUUCCCCAAAUGGCAGACAACGCGGUGGUCUUCGGAGCAAUCGAGAAGAGAGACGGCGUUUCCUAUCCGGUACUGGUGCCAAACUUGAAGGGCUUGACGAGCGCCGUCGCGGCGGGUGUCCGGGAGAUCGCCGUGUUCGGAGCGGCGUCAGAGGCUUUCAGCAAGGCAAACACCAAUUGUUCUAUCGAGGAGUGCGUAAGGAACAUGAAGCUCGUUACAGAGGAAGCGAAGCGGCACGACAUCAGAGUCCGCGGUUACGUGUCCUGCGUUGUCGGCUGCCCUUAUGAAGGUGAGACCAAACCAGCGGUCACGGCGCACCUGGCCUCGAUAAUGCUGGAUGUUGGAUGCUACGAGGUUUCUCUGGGCGACACCAUAGGCGUUGGCACUCCAAAGAAGAUUAAACGCGUGCUGGAUGAGCUGCUUCACGUCACUUCAAAUGAUAUGAGUCGUUAUGCAUUGCACUGCCAUGAUACGUAUGGACAAGCCUUGGUGAACAUCUACGCAGGUCUCGAGGAGGGUGUCAGAGUGUUUGAUUCCUCUGUUGCCGGGCUCGGUGGGUGUCCGUAUGCUGCCGGUGCUUCGGGGAACGUUGCUACCGAGGAUUUGCUAUACCUUCUAAAGGGGCAAGGAUUGGAGACUGGCGUGGAUUUUGAUAAAAUAGUACAAAUCGGCGACUACAUCAGUAAGCAGCUGGGAAGAGCGAAUCAGUCGAAGACUGGAGUGGCUGUACUUGCUAAACAAUGUCGUAAAAAGCGCUAGCGAUAAGGUGCUGAAAUCCUGUAGAUCCAGAACGCCAGCGAAGCAUUCCAAAUUGUUAAUUGCCAAAUUUUUAAGUGCAAUAUUUAUAGAGAUAAGUCUGAUGUUAUUUUGUUAUGUUAUGUUUGUACAGACUAAAUAAGCAAAAAAUUAUAUCUUGUAUAUUGUAUAUUUUUCUAAAUAUAUUGCAUACGUUUCACUUGUGG